CCUCCCCUGUUCCUCGCUAAUCCCCAUUUCCCACAAACCCCCGUCGUCCCCUCUCUGCGCCAGCCCAACCACUCCUCUCCGCCUCCUCCGAGGGCGAGAAGCUUCCAGGAGCUAGGGUUUCCCGUACCGGUCGAUGGCCGUCGCCGACGCGGUGCUGCCCUCGCCGUCGCCGUCGCCGCCGCCCCCGCCGGCGCGGGCCGUCGUCGUGCGCUUCGCCCUUGCCCCGAUGCUGGCGCUCGUGCUCGUCCUCCGCGUCGCCCUCGCCUGCCUGGGCUUCGCCUCUGCGUGGGUCAACUCCGCGGCCUCGGCUGCGAAGGUCGUGGCGCGCCGCGCCUGGGGCGAGGGCUCCGCCCCCUUCCUCUUCCUCCAGGCGCUCACGUACGGGGCUCUCAAGGUCUGCGUCUACAGCUUUCUUGUGUUGCUCGCGCUUGCCGUCCUGCAGCAGUGCGUGGCCUACGCGAUUGCAGUUGUAUCUGGAUCCACUUCGGGAUUCAAGAAGAAUUGCUGUCCUCCUCAGAGCGCCUUCGGAGCAAUCAGGCCGGAGUCGGUUGCACGCUUCUUUAGGCUUCUGCGCCCCAUUGUGCUUGGAUUUGUCGCAUAUGUGGCCUUCAUCCUGCUAGCGGUCGCUGGUUUUCUGGUAGCAAUGAUGUCGCCACAUGUGGAGGGAUCGAUAUCUCAGGGAGAAAUGGUUGGUUCGGUGAUCAUAGAUGUGGGAAUAUUUGGUUCGCACGUGACAGCUUGCUUUGUUAUCAUGCCAGCUCUCGUUCUUAGUCUCUGGAGGGAGUACCAGGCAAACAGGAAUGCACCAUCGCAGUUCUGUUGAGUAUUGGGUUGGAUUAUUGGCAGACGAAGCUAAGAAGAGAAGGUGUGUGGAGAAUUUUGCAAGGAGCUACAGUACCCAUUCUGCUGAUGGUUGUGAGUGAUCCCAACAGAUACAAGUUUUCAGGUGAAAAAGAGUCUUUGCAGACUUGCUUGUUUCUACUAGUAUAUCCAAAUCGUCAUUGGCCAUGAAAACUUUUGUAGGCAUGCUUAUUUCUGCCAUUACUAGAUUGUAAUCGUCAAUAGCCAUGAGUUUGUUGCGUCAUUAUGGGCGUGUCAACAAUAUCCGAAUACUCCUCCGUGCGUGACUCCCUUACAAGUUUGCACUACUAGAGCAUUGGUGUAUAUAUGAUGGUGCAAUUCGUUCAUGAUCCCAUUGUAAUACCCUGUUGGAAGUAAAUGCUUCCAUGAGAUGUUAAUCUGGUGAUGAAUUGGUAUCACUGCCGUCGGUUUUGGGUUCGUA